GGAUUUCACUGUGCGCGCGCGCGAAGCGCACCCCCGUCUCUUUACGGUUUCUCGGCAAAGGGACGCAUCCAUGGAGAGCUCGUGCAGCCGUCUGCUGCCUCACCACUUCACAAACCACAUUUUAACAUGACAUAAGAAGAACGAACCGGCUCUUCCAGGCAGAAGCUCGCAGUCCGCUCCUCCGUCUCCGCCUCGCAGCAUCUCAGCGGUACAAAUCCACAACUUUUUCUCCCUCCACCCAACACUUUCCCAUCUACGUUGGGGAGACAAGACACUUUCCUGGGAAUUACAUUGAUAUUUUUUCUCUUUUUUGGAGGAGUUUGGGGGACUUCGGGAAUCCGAAUGGAUGUGGCAGCGGUAGAGGGGAUGUCUCUGCCCGGUAUCCGACACCGGAAUCGAGCGACGCAAGUGAUGCCGAACCAGAAAAGAGUCAAAGCGCGGCGGAAAAGGCGAAAGGAGUUGCUUUUAAUCCAGAUAUGCGUGUUCGGCGGCUUGCUGCUGCUCGUUAAGGGGGUUUCCUUCUUGGCGGAAAAUUCAGGUUUCGAUGUGUCUGUCAGCAGCAUCGAGGACCAGGAGAGACGAGUGGGGAGGAAGCUGCUGCAGGAAAUGGACAACACAAGCUUGGAGAAUGUAGAGUUUGAGGAAGAAUCCAAGAACUGUACCGCUCCAGCUCUGCACGAGUUCCCUACUGACCUGUUCACAAACAAAGAGAGAACCGAGGGAGCUGUGGCACUGCAUGUCCUGUGUACCAUUUACAUGUUUUGUGCUCUGGCCCUGGUCUGCGACGACUACUUCGUCCCAUCUCUGGAAAAGAUCUGUGAGCGCCUCCAGCUCAGCGAGGAUGUGGCAGGUGCAACCUUUAUGGCUGCCGGUAGCUCGGCUCCCGAACUCUUCACCUCCGUCAUAGGUGUGUUCAUCACCAAAGGUGAUGUGGGUGUGGGGACGAUCGUGGGCUCGGCUGUCUUCAACAUCCUCUGCAUCAUCGGUGUGUGCGGCUUCUUCGCCGGCCAGGCUGUGAAGCUCUCUCAUUGGGCUCUGCUCCGAGAUUCCAUUUAUUACACUUUUUCCAUCAUAGCCCUCAUUGCGUUCAUCUAUGAUGAGAAGGUGUCCUGGUGGGAAUCUCUAGUCCUGAUCCUCAUGUAUGCCGUCUACAUCCUCAUCAUGAAGUUCAAUGGCAGAGCUCAUCGUUACUUCGACCGUCGAAAGAAGAACUCGGUGAACCUGGCCAAUGGGCUGACAGGUAGCACUGAUCUGGAAGAUAAUAUCUCAUGUGAUGCCACUGCAGUCCUGCUUAAGAAAGCGAACUUCCACUGCAAGCCGUCUGUGCUGAUGGUGGACGAGCUGCUGUCUGCUUACCCCCACCAGCUGUCUUUCUCUGAAGCUGGCAUGAGGAUCAUGAUCACCAGUCAUUUCUCCCCGAGAACCCGCCUCACCAUGGCCUCCCGCAUGCUUAUCAAUGAGAGACAAAGGCUGAUAAACACCACUGAGACUCGGGUUAACCGCAUGACCAACGGCGACUCGGACUCUGCGGGCCGGGCUCAGGGGAGGUGUGGCUUAGAGAACGGGUUGGGCAGAGCUGAGCAUGGUCUAAAUGGGAGGUGCAAGCUCCAUCGGCUGGAGUCAGGGAAUGAGACGGAAACCGAGAACGAGGACAAUGAGAACAAUGAGAAUGACGAGGAAGGAGAGGACGAAGACGACAAAGGGGGCCCCCUGGUCCCUUUCAAAGUUCCAGCUGGAGCCUGUAACAAGUUGAAGUGGUUCUUCAUGUGGCCGUUGUCCCUCCUUCUCUUCUUCACCAUACCCAACUGCUCCAAGAGGCGCUGGGAGAGAUGGUUCAUGGUUUCCUUCUUCACCGCCACCAUCUGGAUUGCUGGACUUUCAUACAUCAUGGUCUGGAUGGUGACUGUGAUCGGCUUCACUCUUGGCAUCCCUGACGUCAUCAUGGGCAUCACCUUCCUCGCGGCAGGCACCAGCGUUCCAGACUGCAUGGCCAGUGUUAUAGUUGCACGUCAAGGUAUGGGAGACAUGGCCAUCUCCAACUCCAUAGGCAGUAAUGUGUUUGACAUCCUGGUGGGCCUGGGCCUGCCGUGGGCGCUGCAAACACUCUGCAUCGACUACGGCUCCAACAUCCAUCUCAACAGCAGAGGACUUAUAUUUUCUGUUGGACUCUUACUAGCCUCCGUGUUCUUCACAGUUGUCGGCGUCCAUUUAAACAAAUGGACUCUGGAUCGGCGACUCGGGUUGAUCUGCCUCAUCAUGUACGCCAUCUUCCUGUGCUUCUCCAUACUCAUAGAGUUCAACGUUUUCAUUUUCGUCAACCUCCCAAUGUGCCGGGACAUCCACUGACCUCCUUCCUCUUCUCCUUCUCCAUCCUCUAACUUUUAGAGGAAACCUCACCUUGCUUCCAGUUUCUUGGCGCCUUGGAAUCAAGUCCUACUUAUAUUUCUUUCUCUUGUUUUUUAGAGAGCUAGAGCUCUGUCAGAUUUUAUCUUCGGUGCAAUACACAUGAGAGCGAGGACAUGGAAGGUUUAGGGAGGUUUAUGGUCCGGGACCGGAGGCGUUAAGAGGAAGUCCCAGCAGCAGAGGUUGCUGCCAGUCGUGGCGCAAGCCAAACGGCAGGCUGGAGUGAACUUAACUGGAUCAACACCAACAGUUAGGCUACUGUUGGUCAACGAGCUGCUACUGUAACUAAGUGGAGACGUGAGAGGAUUCGCUGAUUUUUAGCUGCAUUGUUUGUUACUCUUUGUACAAGUUUGGAUAUAAGCACAUGAUUAAGGUAUUUUUAAGCAAAAACUUGUUUUUUUCUGUAAAUAUUUGAGAAUUAGGAUAUAGGUACUAAGAUUAGCUGAUACAUGGGAGUUUCUUAUGCACAACUGGAUCCGUCGUGUGAAGCUGAACUAUCCGACGGCAUAAGUUACAGGGUCUGGAGAUGCUUCAGCAUGUCUCCCAUGCUCAGUACCAACACUGCAUGCUGUACUAUCCACAGCUCUAGCUUUGCACUGACAGAGAGAAUCUAGAUAUUUAACACUAUUGAUAUGUAGAGUCUAUUCUUGGCUGUUUUCUUUCAUAUCCGAGUAGAUGUGGGCUCUGCUGUUCUUUUCUAGAACUCACAAUUGAAAGGGAUCUACCUGGAACUGACAUCCAGCACUGUCACUUUAACGAUUAGAGAUUUAAAUCUUUUAUUAUUCUAUUAAAAAGUGUCGACAGGUACUCGAAACAUGUAACUACUGAAGUUAAGCUUCCUGUAGACGUUAGGCCUCCUGUUCAUUGUCAAGAGAUUUAGUCUUUAGUCUCUCAGUUGAGUAUAAUGUUACGUCUUAAAGCCAAAAGUAUUUUUAGAUUAAGAUAAAUGUGGAUUUGAGUGUGCACAGCUUGUGUGUGAGUGUGAGUGUGACAAUCUGGAGAAGAACCAAGGAUAUCACUGUUACUGGGAAGACAUAAUCAUGAUUUAUUUAUGAAUUAACUUAUUCAAAGAUCAUGUCUGACCACCAGUUUCAGCCCUGUGGAUUGUUGUACAGUGAGUUCAGUGGAUUGUUCACGGAGCUCUGCAAUGUACUGUACCUAAUAUUUAAUCUAAGUACUGGAAACGGACUUGAUGUUUAUAUGUAAGAAUAGAACAUUAUAAUUUAUAAGUUUUGUAUAGUUCAAACAUAACAGAUUUUAAAAAGAGGAACAGGAAAAUGUUGUUGAGCAUCCCGCUGGUCCUGACAUGUCAUCAGAUCCCCUCACCUGUUUAAAUUAGUGAUGUGUAUGGAGGCCUAUUCCACUUAUAAAUUACUAAUAUUGACAAAGUAUCUCAUAAUUAUUUGGCAAAAAGUCAUAUUUAUGAGAUAGAAA